AUGGUGCCGCCGGGGCGCGGCGGCAGGCGGCAGGUGGCGGCGCCGAGUCCGUCCGGGCUGCGCUGGUACCAGAUCCCGCUGCCAUCGGCGCGUCUGUCCCCCGCCGGCCUCUUCAGCGCCUGCUUCCGGGCCGGCCUUUGGCGCUACCGGCAGCUGCGGGUGCUGAGGCGCCCGCGGCUGGGCCGCCCCUUCGCCCUGCUGCCGGCCUGCCCCGUGCUGGCCGUGGCGUGCCCCGGGGGGGACUGCGAGCACCGUGCCGCCAGUGAAGCCGACGGCCUCCAAGGGCAUGCGCUGGAUGUGGCGAGGGAGCGGGUGGCCCCCGGGGACAGCGAGGACAUCCUCAUCCCGCUGCGGGACCUGCUGCUAGCGGGCGACGAGCCCCGGAGCCCCGCAAAACGUAACCGGCUGAAUCAUCUCACCAGCAGCCUGGAUCCGCUCGUCAACAGCCUGGAUUCGCUGGUCGAGGAGCAGAGGCAGCAGCACCGGGCUGCCGCGUCGCGGAGCAGCCCGGAGUGGGUAUGCAGAGACGACGCCAGCCCGCAGGAGUCCCCGGACGAGGAUGCACCGCUGCCCGAGGAGCACAGGCUCUUCCUGGCCCGCUUUGCCAUCAAACCGGGGCUCAUCCCGGCCGUGCACCCCGGCGAGCCCGUCUUCUGCGGCCGCCCGCUGCCGGCGCCCGCCCUCGACGCCCGCGGCCUACAACCUCAGAGCGCCCUGGAGGGGCUGUUCCUCCGCGCCUCGCCCGCCUGCCAAGCAGCCUUCGUCCGUGAGGGCCACCUCAGCCUGCUGUACCGCUGCGUGCCCGUGUGCCCGCUGCCCGUCCUGCGCUGGCUCUUCCAGCUGAUGGCCCUCUGCCCGGAUACGACCAACGCUUUCCAGACGCUGUGGGAGAUCAACGUGCACCGGCUGAGCACCGUGGGGGAGCCCUGGUGCCCCACGGUGCCUGAGAUCGGCCAGACUUUCUGCCGCCUGGGUGCCAACCUGGGCGCCCUGCACCGCCAGGGCUUGCUGCCCCUGGAGCUGUGCCCCGUGGACAGGAGGCCCCCGGACCUUCCGCAGCGCCCGGGGCGGGCGGACGCCAAGGCCCUGGCCCUGGCGUCGCAGCUCAGUGACAUCUGCAAGCUCCUGGCACUGUGCGUGGUCGCCCAGCCGGGCCGCUACCCCGACCGGGCCCGCCUGGUGCUCCUCACCCUGCUCUGCUUCCUCGGCCUCGACCGGGCGCUGCGGUGCCAGCCCCUGCCCGAGCUGCAGCACCUCCUGCACUGCCUGCUGGAGGGCAUCGGCGACUGGCAGGAGCAGCUGCCCGAUCUGUGCCUGUCCCUGUGCCAGGUCUCCCAGCACCACCAUAACCUGGUGGCCGUCGUGCGGCUGCUCCCGGAUGUCACAGCCAGAGGCAGGGAGCUUCGCAGGCGCCUCAGCCUCUGCAUCAUGGCCCGACUGCUGGGGGAGCCGCUGGGCACAGUGCUGCCCGGCCGGAUGCGAGCAGAACUGCAGGCACUGUGCAACCUCCUGGCGCUGGUGCGGCCCGCCACCCUGCAGCGCCUGGUGCUCGCCGAGUGCCAAAGCGAGCCGGAGGACCCCGACCAGGAGGCCUGCUACCUGAGCCACAGCCUCCUCAUCCUCGCCAACGCCGUGGUGGGCACCGAGCGCCUGCUGGAUGAGCAGCGGGGCCACCUCGAGCACCUCUGCACCCAGCUGGACCGGCAGCUUGGAGCCGGCCUCCGCGAAGGCUCCGGCCUCCUCUUCCGCACCCAGCUGAAGGGUUUGGCCACCCUCACCUACGUCAAGUGGCAGGACCUGCUGGCCCAGGGCCCGCCGUGGAUGCAGCCCUGCCGCCGCUGGACGGAGCCGUAAGCGCACCGGGAGGAGCCGGGCGCAGCCCCGCGGGGCGCCCCGGGGAGCCCCCACCCCAAUAAACACCCC